GCUCGCUUCCUGUUCAACGUCGCGCGAGCUCGAGCCCCCCUCAAAACCCUAACCCAAACCCUAAACCCAACUCGAACCUACAUCUCCGAGAUGCGGCGCUCCGCCUUAAGAGACAACCUCCUCCGCAUCCUCCGAACCGAGAUCUCCUACGCCGCCGCCGACCUCCCGUCCCCGCCGGCGACCUUCUCCUCCUUCUCCAUCGACGCUCGCCCGGGCGAGAACUGGUUUCGCCUCACCCGAUCUUACCGAUCCGAAACGCUAAAGAUCGACGCCACCACGGUCGACGGCGCUGCUCCCUCCACCAGAUCUCCGUCCGCCGACGAUUCUGCCUCCUCCGGCGACGGGAGAUUGCACAUAAGCGUCAUCGUCGAGGUGUCGAAGGGCGAAGACUCCGAUCUCGUGCUUCAGUUCGUGUGCUCGGCGUGGCCGGAUGCGAUGGACGUUGAGAAGGUCUUCACGGUGAGGAAAGGGGCGGCGAAGGCGGCGAUGCCAUUCAUGGGGCCCGAUUUUGGGGAGCUGGAUGAGGAGUUGCAGAGGGCAGUGAGGGAUUAUUUGGAGGAGAGGGGAGUGAACGAUGAGCUCGCGGAGUUCUUGCAUGGUUAUGUGGAGGGAAAGGAUCGAGGGGAGCUUGUUAGGUGGUUGAAGAAUAUUGAGGCUUGUGUCAAGAAAUAGGUUCAGUUUCUUAUAAUGAUAACGUUAUAAAGGUGGAAGUUGAAUUUGGAUGAAGCUACAGUGUAUCCAGGAAUUAGUGGAUCUGUUCAAGGGCCCAAAUUCAUCCUUCGUUCCGAUUCGUUAAUCAUUAUUGAGCCGUUACGACAAAAUUUGUUGACAUUUAAUGUAUGUCAAUUGUCCUACCAGCGAGGUUUUCGCAUUCAACUUUGAGCAAGCUGGAGAUGUUCAAACAUCUAUGCAGUGUCAUAAAAGUUUAUUGGCUCAGCCUUGUGUGAUCUGAGAAGAA